AUGGUCGGCUCAAUCGUGCGCAACCUCUUCUCCCCGGCGACCCGUCGUCUGGCCGCCAUCCGACCGUCCAUCCUGACGAUGACGAAUCCCCUGACCACAUCCUCCUCCUCCUCUUCCAUCAUCGCCAACGCCAACGUCAGCGCCAAAGCCUUCUCGACCACCGUACCCCGUCCCGCGACUCUCAACCAGGUCCUCCGGGGAUGCCGCAAGGGCAAGCGCGCUCGCCACGCCACCUCCCCGGCCCUGGCGGGCGCCAACUCCCCGUCCAUGAAGGGCGUGUGCCUGCGCGUCGGCGUCGUCCGUCCCAAGAAGCCCAACUCCGGAGAGCGCAAGAUCGCCCGUGUCAAGCUCUCGUCCGGGACCCACGUGACCGCCUACAUCCCCGGCGAGGGUCACAAUAUCCAGCAGCACAGCGUCGUCCUCGUGCGAGGCGGUAGGGCCCAGGAUUGUCCCGGUGUGAGGUAUCAUCUCGUUCGUGGUGCACUCGAUCUGGGCGGUGUUGCUAGCCGAGCUACCAGCAGGAGUAAAUACGGAACCAAGAAGCCCAAGAAGGCUACCGUGGGUUAA